UGUUGUCUCUCUCUGCUUACACUGGGGCUUGAAUUCAAAGUCUUACUGGCUUGCUUAGGUUUUCCACUCAGGGCUGGGGUUGUACUACUCGAGCCUUACCUCAACUUCUGGCUUCUUGCUGCUUAAUUGGAAGUGAAAGUUCUGGGGAUUUUCACGCCCUGACUGGCUUUAACCUUGACCCUCAGGUAUUAGCCUCUGAGUAGUCGGGAUUACAGUGGAGACCCACCAGCUCUUGGCUCAAGGUUUUCAAGUAGGCCUAGGUCUGGCCUUGGGGAUUGGUCCUCCUACCUCAAUCCUCCCACAUAGCUGGGAGAAAAGGGAGGGGUGACCACCCCCUCACCCUGCUGGCUACUAGGCUGGGUCUUAAGAGCCUUUGCUCCUUGGACCAUGAUCCCCUAGCUGUCUGUCUACCCCAAGAGGCUGGGCCUCACUCGUGGUUGUUGCCCUGCAGGCCUCAAAGGUGGCGGCCCCAGCGGCGGCGGCGGCGGCGCCAAUGGCACAUCUUUCAGCUACACAUUCCACGGAGACCCCCACGCCAUGUUUGCCGAGAUCUUCGGAGGCAGGAACCCCUUUGACACCUUCUUUGGCCAGCGGAACGGGGAGGAAGGCAUGGACGUGGACGACCCGUUCUCCGCCUUCCCCAUGGGCAUCGGGGGCUUUACCAACAUGAACUUCGGGAGCCGCUCACGCCCUACCCAAGAGCCCACACGGAAGAAGCAAGAUCCCCCCGUCACCCACGACCUCCGCGUCUCCCUGGAAGAGAUCUACAGCGGCUGCACCAAGAAGAUGAAAAUCUCCCACAAGCGCCUCAACCCCGACGGCAAAAGCAUCCGGAACGAAGACAAGAUCUUGACCAUCGAAGUGAAGAGAGGGUGGAAAGAAGGGACCAAGAUCACCUUCCCCAAGGAAGGGGACCAGACCUCCAGCAACAUCCCCGCCGACAUUGUCUUUGUUUUAAAGGACAAGCCCCACAACAUCUUCAAACGGGACGGCUCCGACGUGGUGUAUCCAGCCAGGAUCAGCCUCCGAGAGGCUCUCUGCGGCUGCACGGUGAGCGUCCCCACUCUGGACGGCAGGACCAUCCCCGUGGUAUUCAAAGAUGUCAUCAGACCUGGCAUGCGGCGGAAAGUCCCCGGAGAAGGCCUCCCUCUCCCCAAAACGCCCGAGAAGCGAGGGGACCUCAUCAUCGAGUUCGAAGUGGUCUUCCCCGAAAGGAUCCCGCAGACGUCCAGGACCGUCCUGGAGCAGGUUCUGCCCAUAUAGUCGCUCACCCCGGGCCCCACCAGGGACCUUGCCAGACUCCUGCAUGGCACCCCCGUACCAUUGGGGGAGCACUGGGGCACCGGGAGCAGCCCCCCCUCCCAGGGCGGGAGGGCCCGGGGAGGCUUUCGGACUCAAUGUUUUCCAGAGAAUAUAUUACACUCUUUCAAAGUCCGCACCAGACUUCCGGUGGUUUUUCGAGCGCUAGGGCGGAGGCGGUGGGAGCCGCAGGAAGGGACCAGGCCACCCUCUGCUCCUCCCCGGAGCCCCCCUGUACCCAGUCGUGUCGUGUGAUUCAUUCCUGUGAGCCCACACGUGUCACCCC